UCGCGUGUGCGCGCGCGAAGUAUAUCAACUCGUCGUGUCUCUCUCACUCUCUCUCUCGGUCUCUCCGCCAGCGGUGCAACAUUUUCGCGCGCGUUCGUAGGUGCAAACAUUCGUCGUGUGUUUCGUGGUGGCAUCGCCGGUGCCUCGCGCGAUCGGGCUCUGCUCCGGUUCAUCCGUCCGUCCGUCCCGUCUGUCCGUUCGUCCGUACGUCGCGCGGAAUCGCGGUCACCGGGUCGAAUUUCGAGAAAAACCGGGUCUCGUCGCGGUACGCACUCACGCACGUAUACACACGUCGUCGUGGCUUCCGCGGCACCGAGAUGCGUAGGAAGACGGCCGUGCCGACAGCAGCAGGAUCGCGAGGAUCGCCGCUUGUCUCCGUCUCGUGAGGUGGUGGUGGUGGCGGCGGCGGUGGAGCCGGAAGCUGUGCCCUUGGACCCGGAACCGGCGAAAAAUGAGGUGUCCGGUAAAUAAAGGCGUGCAGUAACGAGGAUGACAAGAAGCUGCUUGAAAACCGCUGCAGAACGCGAUUCACCGUGCCGUGACUGAAAGUAAUUCCGCGAAGGGGUUAAACGGCGACGAUCCAUCCGAUUGGCGAGCGUCGAUCAUCAGGGAAAAUUGAUCGAUCGUCGGUGACGUGAGAGACUGAGGAGACCGCGCGCGGAAAAAGGAACUCUCGUUCGGCGGGGAUCAUGGUGUGACUCGUGCGCGGCCGAUAUAGAAAGGAAUCCCUCGGGAAGAUCGACGAGGUUGUCCGGUGGUUGUGUGAUUCCGGUGGUGGUCGGUUAGUGCUGGUAGUGGUGCUUGAUACGUAGCUCUGCGAGUCCGGAGGCCCGUUGGCGCUUAGGCCUCGUCCUCGUCGGUUUACUCAUGCUGGGAGUGCUGAAGCGGCGCUGGAAGCCGUCGAAAAGGGCUUCCAGCGGCCGCGGACCCGAUUCACCCCUCAGCUCGGAUCUGGCGCUCGACAAACCUCGCCCCAUACCAUCCCCCAGGCAAAUCCACCCCCUGUACGGGGAGAAAGCCGGCCUUUUGGGUUACUGCGACACGGUCGGUAACACGGAGAAUUUUCCACCAGCCCCCAACAUCGUUGUCGAGGGUGGCAGAAUCGAAUUCGUGCGCCCCUCGCAAGAUGGCACGACGACAACGCGAAGGAACACCAUGUCCAGAGCCUCGCAGACCUUCAACGAACAGCAGGAGAAGUCCGAUCCCGCCAAGGAGAGUUUAGAGGAGCGAGUGCAAGAGCUGGAGCAAGCGCUGCUGGCGGAACGCAUCGCGGCUCAACGAGAUCGAGCGACGAUCACAAAGUUGCAGCGACAGAUAAACAAGGUAUUUACCUUGGUAUUUACUUUAUGCAGAAUAUUCGCAGGAUGACA